UGCCUGGACCGCCCCAGGUUCCUGUGAAGCCUGGGCCGCCCCGGCGACCCUGCGAACGCUGGCGGCCUGGUCCGCACCCUGGUUGGACUUACACCCCAAUCCCUGCACCUCCAGAGAUGGCUGCCCAAUGUGUCACGAAGGUGGAGCUGAAUAUUUCCUGUGACAACCUUCUGGAUGCAGAUAUAGGAUCAAAGUCAGACCCUUUAUGUGUGUUAUUUUUGAAUACAAGUGGUCAGCAGUGGUAUGAGGUUGACCGCACGGAAAGAAUUAAGAAUUGCUUGAAUCCCAAAUUUUCUAAGACAUUUAUUAUUGAUUACUACUUUGAAGUGGUUCAGAAAUUGAAAUUUGGAAUUUAUGACAUUGACAACAAAACAAUUGAGCUGAGCGAUGAUGACUUCUUAGGAGAAUGUGAAUGUACUCUUGGACAAAUUGUAUCCAGUAAGAAGCUAACCCGACCACUGGUGCUAAAAAAUGGCAAACUUGCUGGGAAAGGGAGCAUUACGAUCUCAGCUGAAGAAAUAAAGGAUAAUAGAGUGGUCUUGUUUGAAAUGGAAGCCAGAAAACUGGAUAAUAAGGAUCUGUUUGGAAAGUCAGACCCAUACCUGGAAUUCCACAAACAGAUGUCCGAUGGAAACUGGCUGAUGGUUUAUCGAACAGAGGUUAUUAAAAAUAACUUGAAUCCUGUUUGGAGACCUUUUAAAAUCUCUCUUAAUUCUCUGUGCUAUGGAGAUAUGGACAAAACCAUUAAGGUAGAAUGUUACGAUUAUGACAACGAUGGGUCCCAUGAUCUGAUUGGAACAUUUCAAACCACCAUGACAAAACUGAAAGAAGCCUCUAGAAACUCACCUAUUGAAUUUGAAUGUAUUAAUGAAAAAAAGAGGCAAAAGAAAAAAAGCUACAAGAAUUCAGGUGUUAUCUGUGUGAAACAGUGUGAGAUUACAGUAGAAUGCACAUUCCUUGACUAUAUAAUGGGAGGAUGUCAGCUGAAUUUUACUGUGGGAGUGGACUUCACUGGCUCCAAUGGUGACCCAAGGUCUCCGGACUCCCUCCAUUACAUCAGUCCCAAUGGUGUGAAUGAGUAUUUGACUGCUAUCUGGUCUGUGGGACUGGUCAUUCAGGAUUAUGAUGCAGAUAAAAUGUUCCCGGCUUUUGGUUUUGGAGCUCAGGUACCUCCUCAGUGGCAGGUAUCACAUGAGUUUCCAAUGAACUUUAAUCCAGUCAAUCCCUAUUGUAAUGGAAUCCAAGGCAUUGUAGAGGCAUAUCGGGCCUGUCUUCCUCAGAUCAAACUCUAUGGACCAACCAAUUUUUCUCCAAUCAUCAAUCAUGUGGCCAGGUUUGCUGCUGCAGCCACCCAACAGCAGACAGCUUCUCAAUAUUUCGUGCUGUUGAUCAUUACUGAUGGUGUGAUCACAGACCUUGAUGAAACCAGACAAGCCAUAGUUAAUGCUGCCAAGCUGCCCAUGUCCAUCAUCAUUGUUGGAGUGGGAGGAGCUGACUUCAGUGCCAUGGAGUUUCUGGAUGGUGAUGGUGGAAGUCUCCGCUCUCCAUCAGGCGAGGUGGCCAUCAGAGAUAUUGUGCAGUUUGUGCCUUUCAGACAGUUCCAGAAUGCUCCAAAAGAAGCACUUGCUCAGUGUGUCUUGGCAGAGAUUCCCCAGCAGGUGGUGGGCUACUUCAACACAUACAAACUCCUCCCUCCCAAGAAACCAGCUACGAAGUAGAAGGAGCUGCGCCCACUUCAACAGAAUCCCUGUGUAUGUGGAGCAGUGCCAUCUCCCACGCAACAUCGUGUAUCUGCCCUGUUACGUGCUUUUCACCCUCAGCCUUUACAUAUAAACCUGGUUCUCUAUGUUACAUCUGUUUAUCACAUACAUUUUAUCCUUUUUUGGUGGGGUCAAUGCCAAAUCCAGCUUUGCCCAGUGAAUUUAAUGGUUGCUAAUGAUUUAUGGUAAUUGCAGUGAGACUGUUUGAAUUAGAAAUGAUUGUGGGAAAAGCUGAUUUUGUUGUGGUUGACUUUCCUGUGAUGACAGUGCUGUUUUUAAAUGUUUCUCAACAGAAAGAAUGAAAAUUAUUGGGAUGAUGUGAUUUGCAGGUAGCCACACUUUGCAGUUAAUGUUUUAUAUGCCAAUGUCCACACCUGAUUAUGAAAGCUUUUUAAAAUUGAUCAUUUGUUCCUGUAAUCCCGUAUGCAGUCCUUUUCUUUCUAGGGUAAAAACUACCUUUAUUCGGCACCUGAUUUUUUGCUGUAAUUUAAACAUUGCACAGUUUACAAAACAACCUGCACUCACCUGAGACUUCAUGAAAAAAAAAAAAAGCACAUACACAAUUUUUAAAAUGUACAAUCAACAAGUCGAAAGAACCUCCUUUAAGAAAGCCAUUUGUAUUUGCCUUUCUAGAUCUUUUGUUUUCAUUGUGAUUCAUUUCAUUGACUAAACACAACUCUCAGGAUUCUGUAGAUGUAUAUAUCAUAGGUUGUUCUGGAGUCGACAUUAUUAGAUUAUUUUAAUUGGGGAUUGUUAAACUGGUUAGAACUGCUUUGCCCAGGAAAGCUACAAAGACCAAACAUAUGACAUGAAGUUCAUAAUUCCAUAUCCUUCUAAUGAAAGACUUUACUUACAAAAGAAUGGCUUCUACACUUUCCUUGCUAAGGCCCCCUACGUCGAUUUACACAGAUUCAGCUAGACAUGUUCUUCUUUUUCAGAACAGCAUUUCUUUUUUCUGAUUUUGAGCUCAUAAUAGUGGUUAUCUACUAAUCAAAAAUCAUAUUUUACAUUUUGUUACCAUGCUAUUUCCUAAGUCCAGAAUGCAUCCUACAUAAACUUUCAUCUAACUUUAAAAAAAAACAAAAAACAAAAAACAAAACCUGAAAAAAUCAAACAGACAACACUUUUCCAACUGUUACAUCAGGAUAGAGUAGCUUCUAUGUCCUUUUUUUAUGAAUUUUUUUCCUCUUACCAUUUAGGACAUAUUACUUAGUGAACAUUGUAUUUUCAGAAUAGAUUCAGUAGCAACAUUACUGAUGACCUGUGUAUGAAGUACCAUGCAUAUCCAUAGUUUGUUCAGUUCUCACUAACUUAACAUUCCAGUUGUAUGUUAUCACAUAUCCUGGAGUGGACGCACACAGUGCUGUGUUGACAGGCCUCUCAGCGUGUGGAAAACCUGUACUACUGCCCAGGCCUCAUGUUCUCCACAGUGUCUGGAGGCAGUGAGCUCCCAUCCAUGAGCAGCUUUCGUGUCUCAGAAACAGCUCAAUGCCAAGUUCUGGCUCGGGAGCGACCUCCUUGCUGUCAUGGUUGCUUAGCCCAGGUGAGCAGUUGCCACUUUCCCUCUUGGCUAGCUGACCUCUGACUAUGUGCUGUUAACCUGAAGAUGCUUAACUCAUAGUCUGCUCCUGUAUAGCAUGGCUCAUUAGUCAGGUCACUGUGGUUUUAUCAAUAGAGGAAAAGAACAAUGAUCAUUCCUCCCAUUGUUUGGAGUCAUUGUUUCAGACAUCCUGAUUUCAUCUUUGCGAUGCUUGGAAAUAGCUUAGGUAGGUUGCUGUGAUUUGGGGAAUUUUUUUUUUUUUUUUUUUUUUAACAUAGAAGCUAUUAACAAAAUGGCGUACACAUAUUCUCAAUGUGUGGUACAACAGAUAGGAGAGCUUCUCUGAUGCUGGGGCAGAUGUCACUUUGCCUGCUCCUCAUUCUCCUUACACACCCCUCAGUAGCAUCUCAAACACCUGUACAGGGCCCUGGGAACUGCUGCUCAUGAGCAUUCAUUGUUUCUAUUGGCCAAACAUCAGACACCUUGGUGAUUUGAUUUGGCAUUCAUAGAUUUAUAUUUUGGUUUUGCCCAGUUGUUCCUUUUUUAAAAUGUUUUUUUUUUUAAAUUCAUUCUUAAUCAGGUGCAUCAGUAGAUGUUAUUUUUCAUGAGAGAUGUGAUUCCAGCAAAUUAGGGUAAUUACUGCCCCUUCUGCAGUGUUGAAUACAGGCAUUUAUGAUUUCUAAAUUAUCAUUUUAUAAAAUUCUUAGAAUUUCAAUACUUGACCUUAUCACAUGCUGAUUUAAUAUUAUUUUAAAUUAAAGUAGUUCCUUUCAUUAUUGUGCCAUCAUUCAUUCAAGUGCCAUUCAAUUUUAAAAUGCAUUUAAAGGAAACGUGACCAAAUUGACUUUCACAUCUCAUGUAAUCAGAUGUACUACAAAUAUAUAUUGGAGUGACUGUGCCCUGGAGAAAUGUAAUAUUUCUCGUAUUAGCCUGUACUGAGAAAAUGGCAUACCAACGAGCCUAGUCCUCCACUUGUGGUUAGAACUGAAAUUGUAAGAGCACUAAAAAUUUUAAAUCUGAUUUGGGAUUUACAGCUUAGGCAAGGCAACUUUUCUUUCUUUCUUUCUUUUUUCACAGCCAAAAUGAAUUUAUUCAUGGGAAAUAAAUUCACAGAGUAGCUAGCUGCCAGCAGGCACACAGACCAAACACAUGGCAGAGAGGAACAAUGUAGUUAUGGGCUGGUAAGGUAGCCAGGUAAGGGCCGUGGUGGGUAGGAGGAAAGGGUGGAGGUGAGCUAGCUUUUUACAGGCUUUUCAGACUCAGUGGGUCUCCUCUGUGCAGCAGGUUAGUUGGAAAAGAAUGCAGAGUGGGGUGGAGAAGAAUACAGGGUGUGGGACCAAGAAUGUUGUAUUCUAAGAAUACAGAGGCUAGGGAGUCCUCUGGGUGACCAGAUCUGCUCUCAGGCAAUGAGCCAAAAUGACUCUGAGACCUCUGUCCUUGCUCCAACAGUCAUGACUCUGAGUAGAGAUAGGGAGAUGGAGCGCUGAGUUUCUGGCUACUUCCUACUUGUAUGUGGUAUUGAUGUGGAGUGGAGUAUCCCUUGAAGAAGAGCAGUCUUGUGUUGUUCCUGUGUGAUGGCUUGGGAUAUAGCUGUCACUCAUUACUGUGAGAACUUUUGACACAUGUUAAUUAUACACGGUAGGAAUAGAAGCACUGUGAUUAUGAGGAUCAAAAGAGAUAAUAGACAUUGUCCAUGGCAGAAAACAUGGUAAAAUGAAGUAGGGCUAGUUUGGCAAUAGAUUUCAUCAGUGCUUGAUUCCUUAUCUCUCUCUCUUUUAUUUUAUUUAUCUAUUUGAGAGGCAGCACUACAGACAGGGAGAGACAGAGAGAAAGGUCUUCCAGCUGCUGGUGCUGGUCACUCCCUAGAUGUCCACAAUGGCUAAACGUGGCCGAUCUGAAGCCAGGAGCCAGGAGUUGCCUCUGGGUCCCACACGUGGGUACAGAGACGCAAGCACUUGAGCUAUCCUCCAUUGCUGUCCCAGGCUACAAGCAGAGAGCUACAUUGAAACAGUAGCAGAUGGGGACUCCAACCAGUGCCCAUAUGGGAUGACAGCACUGCGGUGGAAUCUUAGCCUACUAUACCACAGCACUGGCCCCUCUAUCCCUUCGCUUACCACACCCGUCUUAUUGGUGUAAAGGCAGCACUCUUCACCCAAGAAGAGGCAAAAUCCUCCCUUGGCAGUUUUGAAGGCCCACUGCCACCAUUGAAUCCAUCUCAUUCUAGAGAUGAGGCCAUUGCUAUGCUGGGUCAUUUCUGUUUUCUUUGAGACUGCGGGAUAAGUCUUCAGCUCUGCCUUGUCUACAGAAAUGGCCAGUCCAGUCAUUCCUGUCCCAAUUCCUGCCAAGACACCCGAGAUGAGCAAGGGAGUGAAUCCAAAAUCCCUAUUGAUAAGGUGGGUUAGAGGGAUGGAAAAUAGAGAUUGGUCUAGGGUAUAGGACAAAGGGGGAUAUAGAAGGCAAGAGUACAAGUCCCUUUACAAAUUGUUGGGAGACAGACGUAUGCUUGGUUGCCACAGGAAAGAAUGCUCCUGUUUUCUUUGGUGUGUAUAUACUGGCAAGGAGCUGUGGGGUGGAGUUGAUCUGGCCUGGUUCUAGUCCCGGGCUCCCUCAAUGCCUCCUUCUUAUGGAAACCCAGGCUGCUGACAGGGGUUAGGGUGAUUACCAAUCUGGCUUCCUCAAGUUGAGUAGGUGCUAAGUAGGGACCCUCAGUCAAGACAGGGUUCCAGCAUAAGGUCGCCUACUGAGCAGGGGCACAGUGCCAGCUCACAGAAACUGCUUCCAUCUGAGGUUUCAUGUACAUGGCCAUUUAGAAUUUCAUUGCUUCAAGUCUGGAGGAAACGGAUCUAACAAGCAGAUUAAAUAUACAGGAUCCAAAACAAAUGGCAGAGUCAUUAUUAGAGGACCUAGGAAAUGUGCUAUUCAAACCAGGAAGGAGUUUUCUCACUGAGAGGUAAGUAGAAAGUGACAGGAGCGGUUUGAUAAUAAUCAGGUGGGUGUUAAGGCCUCGCCAGGUAUAUGUGAAAACCAGACCUAUCUAUCUCUUCACAUGGGGUACCGAAGAGACACCAUAAGGGAGGUGCGAACCUCCAUAGGGAAGACAUCCUGUGAUGCCUGUUACCUAGUUGGCCUGGAAGGAGAGCUGGCCUGAGUAGAAGGUCAAUAUUGAAUCGGCAGCAUCUCUAAAAGGAAAUUUACAGUCCUGCUUGCAAUAUUACUGUCCCUAGGCAUCCCCUUAAUAGCCGUAGUUACUUUGAAAGCUGGGCAGAGUGAAGACCUUUUUCAGCUUAGGGAGGGUGAACAGGAUCUGCAGCUCUGACCUGGGAGUCCUUCGAUCCCAGGGCAGUUCUGUUCCCAGGGACCCAGCUCUUAGCAGAGCUGACAGACUCUUCAGAGGCUGGCUUCUGUCACGACUGCUGUUUGUCCAAAGCCCUGGCUUCCCGCAUCGAAAACCAAUGCCAUUUGGGGGUGGAAUUGGCUUUGUUUGGUCUGUUUAAUGACAUUUCACUGUGUAAAGCUGUUAUUAACUGAUCUUUACAUUGCUAUUGCUAUUGCCUACCUUGCCCCUCUUCUUCCUGGUCUCUGUUAAAGUAGACAACAAGAGGCAGCCUUUAGGGUGUCAGCCAGGGGGGUGCUCAAUCCCAUCCCUAAUCUUUGGUUAAAUUAUAAAAUUCAUUAAUCAGGGGCCGGCGCUGUGACACAGCUGGUUAAAUCCCUGGCCUGAAGUGCUGGCAUCCCAUGUGGGUGCCGGUUCUAGUCCCAGCUGCUCUUCUUCCGAUCCAGCUCUCUGCUAUGGCUUGGGAAAGCAGUGGAGGAUGGCCCAAGUCCUUGGGCCCCUACACUUGUGUGGGAGACCUGGAAGAAGCUCCUGGCUUCUAGGUUCGGAUCGGCACAGAUCCAGCCAUUGGGGCCAUCUGGGGAGCGAACCAGUGGAUGGAAGACUCUCUCUCUCUGCCUCUCCUUCUCUGUCUGUGUAACUCUGACUUUCAAAUAAAUAAAUAAGUCUUAAAAAAAAAAAAAAGAAAAAAAUAUCCAGUAACAGCUGAACCAAAUUAGGAUGAGAGUCAUUACCUUGGCAUUUUCAUGAAUGAGAUUGUUAUUUGCCAAUGACAUCUCUUUAGGUUUUAAAUUGAAUUUGAGUCUAGGGUUUGUUUGUUCCCCAACAAACACCUUAGGCCAACACCAGGUCAAUGGUCAACUGAGGCUGUCUCUGAGACAACUUGUUUCUUGCCCAAGCUGCAUAAGUUUUUUUAAGAGGCCAGAAGGGAGUUGGACAAAGUGUGAGAAAUUUUUGAACCCAUGGAUUAAGCAAAAUCUAGCCUGAGGGAAGCAGGCUCCAGUCACAAGGCAUCCCUUGAGAAGGAGUCACCUCAACUGAGAACCUAAGUUCUGAGUUCUCUUAGAGGAGAGAGUGAGAAUCCCCAUGCUUAGACCUGUGUCCCAGUUCUAAGCCAGGGCUGAUGACCAUUUCCCACACCUCCCAGAGGUAAGGGAGGGGGGAAAUCCACCAAACACUGGAGGCCUUAAAAGGGGAGGUCAGCUGGCCAUGCAUGAAGCGACAAGGGCCUCUCUUACCAAUCCGAUGGCGUGAUAACAGAUGCGGUGUUGCAUGCAGUGGUGAGAUCUGGCAAAGGACGCUGGCUGUGAAUUCAUCCCGAGAUGAGAAAGUGCACGUGGGGAUGAGAUGAGUGACCAAGGCAGUUUGCCACAGCAAGGAGAAGAAAGAUCGAAGAAGGGGAGAUAACAGCUCUUGCCCAGAGAAUGAAGGAGCAACCAGUCUCCGAGGGAACACCCUGGGCAAGAGGCUGAUCUCCCACACCCCUCCUCACACAGGGUACCAACAGUAAGUAAAAGAGGGCCAGAACAGAGAGGAGACAGAAUAUGAACUCACAGCCAAAACGAAUUUAUUCAAGGGAAAUAAAUUUUCAGAGGUGGCUAACUACCAGCAUGCACACAGAGCAAACACGUGCCAGAGGCAAGAAGGCAACUUUUCUAAGUGAAUUUAGGGCUCCCUGUUGCUUAUGGUAUGUUUUGACCUACUUUGCCUCUUCAUUUUGUAAAUUUUGUGGAAAGCUGUCUUCAGUGGUUCUCUCCUAGUCUCAUUUUGUGCAUAGUUGAUAAUCAUGGAAGGGACACACAAAGGAAGCCAUAAGUUUGGAGGAAAUUGAGAGACUCUCUUGUGCUUUAAUGAAUGUCAUACUUGACAAUACAUGUAUAAGUUACUAAUAUAUGAAUUGAUACUAAAUAUAUCUUCCAUUUGGA